AUUCACUUAUCCGGAGUCAAAAGAUGAAGUCAAUUCUGCUUUUGAGGUUUAGCACUCGAAAAACUAAAAGGAAGUAUGAAAAAUUCUUUAACAGUUCAAAAACUGCUGAGUGAACCAACGAAAUCGAAAGAUGUCGAAAGUUCUACCUUAUGGAACAUCUAUGCCAUGUUGAAAUGCAAAUUACGAAUUGGAGUCGAUGUAAGUAAAUAAUCAAAGUUUGCACCGUUUUUGAUCUCUUGGUUAUCUGGCAGAAAAAAUUAAAAUUCUGACAAGUGAGGAAAAAGAUACAUUUCUGAUGAAAGCUGUUGAUAAAAUUAUUUUCUAUGAAGAACAGUGUUAAUUAUGACAAUAUUUGUAGAGCUACGGUGAGAUGAAUCAAUGAAAAUAACAUUGGAUGACAUAACAAGAAAAUUCUGGGUAAAUUUUUCUACUGAGAUUAUCUAACACUACAUGAGUUUUUUGAGGACGGCUUCCACGUUAGAUAUUAGACAGUUCUGUUUCUACAACUUCGUUUUUAUAUCUGACACUUGCAAUGCACCACUUGGAAUGGAAUCAGGAGCUAUUAAGAACUCGUCAAUCACAGCCAGUUCAGUUUACGACUUCAGCAGUGUUGGACCGCAACAUGGAAGGCUACGUAACAACAAAAACGGCGGUGCCUGGUGUCCCAGGAAUAUAAUUUCCAGGGAGGCCAAGGAAUACCUCGAGAUCGAUCUGGAAAAAUUGCAUGUAAUAACGGAAACCAGGACUCAGGGCAGAUACGGCAACGGGCAGGGGAGAGAGUAUGCCGAAGAGUACAUGGUGGAUUAUUGGAGGCCCGGAUUAGUCGAAUGGAAGCGGUGGAAAAACAGAUCGGGAAGAGAGCUCCUAAAGGGGAACACAAACACUAAUACCAUAAUGGAACAGAAACUGGACCGUCCUAUAAUAGCAUCAAAGAUCCGCUUCCUUCCCUACAGUGAACAUGUUCGAACCGUUUGUAUGCGCGUUGAAGUUGUAGGAUGUCCAUGGAAAGAUGGCAUCCUGAGCUACAGUAUGCCCCAGGGUACCAGAAAGGGGAAACUCGAUCUUAGAGAUGAGACCUACGACGGCCUGGAGGACGCUGGACAUGUGUUCCAGGGACUGGGACAGCUCGUGGAUGGACACGUCGGCCAGGAUAAUUUCAAAGUUGACCUGACGGGAUUUGGAAAAGGUUAUGAAUGGAUCGGUUGGAGGAACGAUUCCAUUGGAUCCGCUUCCGGUCAAUCGGUUGAAAUUCUAUUCGAAUUCGACGUUGUCAGGAACUUCUCAGCUGUCCACCUUCAUACAAACAAUCUCUUCAGUAUGGACGUACAGGUUUUUUCACAUGCGAAAGUAUUUUUCGGUGUGGACAACAACGUCUUCAACGGAGAGGCAGUGCACUUUUCCUAUAUGCCAGAUUUGGUAUUAGAACAUGCUAGGAACGUUACUAUAAAGCUGCAUCAUCGCAUUGGAAAAUGGGUCAAAUUGCAGCUGUAUUUUGCUUCUAGAUGGAUCUUACUUAGUGAAGUUUCAUUUGACUCGAAACCAGCCACGAACAAUUCCACGGAGCGAGCUGAGAACGGCGCGAAUCAAACUGCGCCCAACAGUUCAAAGGAGUAUCCGCCGCAGAGGGACGAGGGCAAGAGGACGCACACCAGGUACCUUGGCAACAACACGACGUCGACGACGUUCAGCGAGCCAAAGUUCAACGAGGGGACAGGGUUCCAGUAUAUCGCCUUUGUUAUCGGUACCGUGAUUGUGGCCAUGAUGAUCCUACUGGCGGCGAUCGGGUUUAUCGUGUUCCGGAACUACAGGCUCAAGGAGCCCUCGAGUGUUUCGAGACCUCCGGUGGAGGAAGAUAAGCCGAUAGGAAACGAAAAGAUGCGGUUGGAAACCAACGAUAAAACAUCUCUGUUUCCCACGACGUUCAGACCCAGUUUCUACUCCAAGAAACAUAAUUCUGGAGAUUUCACUGAUGUUCCAGAUCUAGUUUGCAGGGAAUUCCCGCCUUCGCCCCAAAGACACACCACACCGUCAAAGAAAAAACGCACUUCACGUCCUUCUCUGAAUUUUCUUGCAGACCAACUCGACGACGCCCUACCCGAGUACGAGACAGUGGGCAGCAUCGCCUCCAGCCCCCUGAGCUCGCUGUCCAGACAGCCCGGCUACGAGGUGCUGAAGCAGAAGCAGCUGGUGAAGCUGCCGCCCACCCCUCAGCCCUCGGUGAAGGACCUCUGGGACACGGACCUGUCGGAGAUCGAGUCUUUUCCCCGAGACCAACUGAGGAUAGUCGAGAAGUUCGGCGAGGGUCAGUUCUGCGACAUCCACUUGUGCGAAGUAGUCGGCAGUUACCGCGACGUCAGAUGGCACCGUGGUGACGGCAAGUUCGUGGUGGUGCACACUCUACGUGCGGAAUGCUAUAGAACAGAUUUCAACGCGGAAGUUAACGUUCUGUCGAGAUUGAGACAUGCAAAUAUUGCCCGACUGCUAGGAGCCUGUCUAGACUCCGAACCCAUUUGUGCUAUUCGUGAGUACACGCCACACGGUGAUUUGUGUCAGUUUUUACAAGAUCACGUAGCGGAAACUGCGAAAUCUCCUACAUCGACUGCGAGGACAUUAAGCUUAUCAUGCCUGAUCUAUAUGGCUACACAGAUAGCGGCUGGUAUGAAGUACUUAGAAUCACAGCGAUUUGUGCAUAAAGAUUUAGCUGCCAGAAAUUGCCUAGUCGGAAAGAGAUACGAAGUAAAAAUUUCAGAUCUAGGAUCUUAUCGUCAAGUCUACAGUUCCGAUUACUGUCAGAUUGCAGGUUCUCUUCUGCCUCUACGUUGGAUGGCAUGGGAAAGCGUCAUUUCGGGUCAUUUUUCGAGUAAGAGCGACGUAUGGUCUUUUGGAAUUACCCUAUGGGAGAUUUUGACUUUUGCUCGAGAGCAACCUUUCGAAGAAUUGAGUAACGAUGAAGUAAUGGAGAAUGUUACUCGAUAUUAUGAAGAUGAGGACAAGCCGAUUCUACUCAGCGUCCCGGUCAACUGUCCGAAGGACAUAUAUGACUUAAUGUGCGAAUGUUGGCAACGCAACGACGUUGACAGGCCGAAAUUCCGGGAAAUUAAUCUAUUCCUGCAGAAGAAGAUAUUGGGCUACAACCCCGAUUUCCAUUGAGUCAUUGGCAAUGACAAUAUGUUUUAUCGACAAUAAAAUGAUAACUUUAAGUAAUAGCGGCAUAUCAAUAGGUUAUUCGUUUAUGAAUCUAUCGACUUAUGACAGCCGUCACGAACUCUGUUCUGGAGGUAUUUUGUAUAUUUUGUUGAAAUUGUGAUCCGCGCUGUGUUAUAUACUGAGUGAGUCUUGAGUGUGUACAUAUAUAAAGAGAAUUGUUAUAUCUCGUUUCACAUUUCCAACUAUUGGGAAGCAGUGCAGUAUUUAGUACUGCGAUAUAGACUUCGUAAGUUCAAAUCCAUCAAAUUCGAGAAAAAAUAUUCUGACUCGGAGGUACUUCCAUGUCGGCUACUUAAUGAUGUGCCUAAAGUGGAGGAAGGUCACAGUAACUGAAGAGAACAAUAGGUUCUCCUUGUUCUGUUCUUAGAGGCCUAGGAGAGUUAAAAUAAAAUAAUGACCUCCCAUAUUUAUGAAUGCAAUUGAAAUGAGCGAAUAUAGAGAAAAAAAUCAAUUUUUUUAAUGAAAGAGGACUAAUAGUCAAAUUUGAAUUAAGAGGUCGUAAAAAUUAUUCCAUGAAAUUAUUUCACUGCUCAAGUAAUUAUGUCUUUGAAUGAGACAUAUUUAUCUGUUCAUUUGUACCUAUACCUUUUUUAAGAGGGAACACCACCACGUGGCUACGGAAUUAGAUAUAUUUCUUCUCUCCUUCUUGUAAUAUUCCAAAAUUUUUCAAUUUGCAAAUGAAAAUAAAAUGUUGGUAACUUUACGUUUUUCACCAAACAAUUGAUGAUAUGAUAUCCUUACAAAGCACUGAUGUAUUUGAAAAAUAUUCGCGAAAACAAUCCUACAAAAAAUCAUUACAAAGGAUGCAAUACUCUAAUUUUGUAAAAACUCAUGAAAAGACUCAUAAAGUACUUGUUUCCGCUGAAAGUUGGAAAUAUUGUAAUAUUCCUCACCUUCUACUGAUCAAUUUAUCAUUCUGUCAACACUGCACAUUAUUUUUGUCCCUUUUCCUCUGGUCAAAUAAAUAUUGACUGAUCACGAGAAUGUCACGUGGUGAUGUUCGCUCUUAAAAUACUGGAGAUAUUUUGCAAGACUCAGUACCUUGAUUAAAUUUCAUUGGGAUUGAUUUCAGACGAACAAUAACGUCAUCAUUACCAAUGCGAAAAAUUCGACAUGUAACCUACUAUGAGAAAAAUGUAUGUAUUAACAAAAACAAACUCAGUAUAGUAUUCCAGAAGUGAUUUGCGGAAAAUUGUAAAUUUGUGAUUACGAAGUAAUUUGCGGAAAAAUGUAAAUUUGUGAUUACGAAAUGACACUUGGGUAAGAUUAACGCCGAAAUAUUUGUAAAUAUGGCACCAACGAAAUUUGAAUCGAAUUUUGUCGAUUGUACAAUUUAAGAAUUGUUCUCAAUCUUCAUUAUCACAGUAAACUCACUAUUAUUAGGCUCAUUGAAUGCAUCAUUUGAGAAACAUUAUCAAUAUGACAUUUCAUAUUUCAGUAAUAUAGCUGUGAACAUAUUAUUCUUUUGCAGCUUAGUUUUUCGAAUAACUUUUUUAUGUGAACGUGUGCUCCAAGAGCUAGUCCAUAUAAUCCAACAGUUCACAUUAUCUCAUAAUUUUCGAAACUUGGAAUAUUGAACACGUAUGCUGGUUGAUGUCCAAAAAUUUGUGAAAUACUGUUAUUUCUUGACAGUAUUAUACAUAUCUAGAAUUCUAAUGUUCUGUACCAGUAGACAUUAUGUCUUCAUUUCAAAAACUAAGUAACACUUAUAUUUCAAUUAAUUUUCACAAUAUACGAAUGCAACUUCCCUUAUUCCACUGAAAAAACUGCAGUCUUGUAAUUUAGGAAUGUAGUUAAUCUCAAGCCAGCCAACUGUUGAAUAAAGAUAAUAACUAAAUAACUGAAACGUUUUCAAUUGAAAAUUCACCAUAAAAAGUCAAAACUCACACUGGAACAGUAUAUGAUAUCGAAUUUAUUGAAAAAUAGUCUAUAAUGAUAGGAAAAAAUAGAUUGAUGAGAAUAAAUUCAACUGAAGAGGUGCUAUUUCAAUGAGAAGGGCUCCAAACACAGACUGUAAGUAUACUAUCACUUAAUUGUAGAUAUCUGAAAUAUGAUAAUACUGUUCCUUUUGUAUCGUUUUAUCUAUUGUGAAAAUAAAUGGUUGUUUUUUCAAAAUAUAACGAAUUUUCUGUGUAUAAAUUUUAAAAUGAAUUUAAUGCCUAGAUAGCAUAAAAUUGACUAAGGAAAUAACACAUUUGUAAAAUACCAAAUGUAAUACGUAUUAUGAAGAAUAGUAAAAACCAAUGUAAUUGUAGCUAUAUAAGUUGUUAGAUCUCCUCAUCUGUAAAUAAUGCCCAACAAGUAUUUAGAGGAGCAUUUCCUUCAUCUCAUGCUCGAUGUAUUGAUCCAGAUUAUUCAAUAAUAUCCGUAUGCAGAAAGAUAUCAGGAGUCCAAAUUGUAAGUACCUACUUUUCAAUGAUCCCCAACUGAAAAGAGACUGAAGCAUUUGCAACACUUUCAGGUCAACUUCUGACUGAUACUCAGAAUAUUUUAAUAAUAACUAUAAAAUAUCAAGUUUUCAGGCUGUCAUGAACUCCUUUCGAAAUUUCACCCAAAACUUCGUGAUCAUCCUCAGAUGAGUUGUGCUCUAAGUUCGUACUUUUUGCACAAAACUGUCAGAAUUAGACAGACUGAGAUUCCUCUGAAGAUGCCGACGGCUAAAAAUCCUGGAAACAAUUAAAGUUUCUACGGUAUCCGGUCGUUUAUGCUUUCAU